AUGACCAAGGUUCUUCCAUAUGAUGCUUUCAACAUGUGCAAGGCAAGAGCAGGUCUCAUGACACUUCAUGAAGCAGUGCAGCAGUUUGAGGAGAAUGAGGAGUAUGAGGAGAAGCAGCAUGGGCUGCACAAAUGGUUACGCGCAACACUGCCUGACCGCUACUACUUGUACAACACGCGAGUGAAGGUACGAAGCAGCAGAGCCGUGUUAUGCGGUGUACUGGACGCAGCACCGUGCUCUCGUCCAUCCCGUCGUCACACCCCCUCGUUUCGCCCACUGGCGUGUGGUCCGCCUCGCCGCCUGAGUUGGCCCGGCAUGGAAGCGGCGACGGCCGUGCUCUUGUCGCAGACGGACCACCAUCUAUUCGAGGUGGCGCACCCGCGCCUCGACGUCUUCAACUCGCCGCGCUGCACGCGCCUCGCCACGCAGGCAUGGACGGGCCGGCGACUCGUCGCUCUCGACGCCGCCUCGAUCGAACCGCGCCUUCGCGAUCCGGACAUCGCGGCCGUUCCUUCCGGCUCUCACGAAGCGCAGCGGUCGUUAGGGUCCGACGUGGCACGGGGCGCCAUUCCGAUCCGCCUGUGCGAGGACGCGUAUCCCGGGUGGAUAUCGGCUGCUGACGUGGCUCAAGGCGCCAUCCGUCGCCUAUCCAUUGGCUCAGGCAAUGCGGGGGAUAGGGACAAACGAAAGGGCGGAGGAGGGGAGUGUGAAGGCGGAGGCACGGCGGAGAAUGGGGGCAUGGGGGUGGGCGUGGGGGAACAGGAGCGCUUGGCGAGGGAGAGAGAGGCCGCGGUUGCAUUCGCGGAGGCGGCGCGGGCGGGUGGCGAUGGGUACCUGUGGGGCGGCACCACGGGGCCGCACUUCGACUGCAGCGGGCUCGUGCAGCGCGCUUAUGCAUCUGCUGGAGUGUGGGUGCCUCGAGAUGCCUUUCAGCAGGAGGUUUUCUGUCGGCCAGUCAGUGUGGACGGCAUUGCAAGAGGCGAUCUG